UUUAGCAGUCUUACCCUCAUGUGUCUGGAGCUGCGAGCGCGAGGCGUGUGUGUUUCAUGAGCCUGAGAGACUUCUGCAAACGGACAUAAUCAACACUGUCUUCACGUUGCCUUUCCCCGAGAAGUCCUCUGCUGAAUUGCGUGCCUGAUUGCUCACACUUAUUUCUGCAUGGACUUGUAACUUUCUGUUAGCUGAACUGAGGACUGCAACAGAAAACCACGAACUUAAGGAAUAUUAAAGACUCAAAUAAUAGUGGUCAAGAUGUUGAUCACAAUGCUAACGGCCAUGUAUGUGAUGGUGAAAGUUGUAGAAUCGAUUGGGGUCCGAUUUGCCCAGAAAGACGAACCUUUGCCUUACAUGGUAUCUCAGCCUUUGCCCUGGCAGGUUCACUCUGUGUCUCACAGCCGGAGGAGCAGCAAAGCAGAACAGUUUGAGGGCUACAGGAGGAACAGCAUAGGCGUAUACAGAAAGAGCUCCUGUACCAGCAAUGGCACAUGUGGCACACCAUCAGUUCCUCCUCUUAGCCCUGUUGAAGUUGAAAAAGCCGCAGCUACCAUCCAGAACCACUUCAGGAAGUUCCAGCAGAAAAAAAACAAGACCGACAACUAGAUGAACGGUGAGGGUCGGUGUGUUGCAGGUGCAGUUACUUUCAAAGGCAACAGGAAGCAGGUGGGCCAUGUUGCUUCACCUCCGAUUAAACAUAACAGCCUACAAGCAAAUUUUACAUAUAUGCUGAAACUAGUUCUGAAAAUAUGACAAACUAAUUUUGUAGCGUCAUUAAGAAUUCAAGAUGACAAUUGAAGUGAAUUUGCGUGUCUGAAUGAAUGGUUUUCAUGCACAUUGCUGCCAUGGGGAUUGUUAAAAUGUGUGUAUUUUUUGAACAUGCUGUCAUUUGUAUGACUUGUUUUAAAAAUGUGGCAAAAACUGUGAACAUAUUUUCCUUUCAAAGCAUCCUUGUUGAAUUUUAAAUUCGGGAUGUAAAUAAAAUUGUCUUUAAGACUUUGUUGGA